AGAGUAACAUCAUCACCCACUCACCUCAACUCACACACAUACCCUCACACACCCAGUGAGGAGGAGAGACAGUGAGUGAGAGAAUAAGCACAGCGGAAGGGAGGGUGAGAGCUCUGGUAGACGGAGGCAGUGUGGAUAUCAAACGGACGCUUCUAUAGCUUUAGGAUCUACACGACAGCAUUUAUUUUUUUUUGCCUGAAGGACUCUUAAACCAGAGCAGAACAGGAAGGCAGCGAACAAUCGCCGGCUUUCGCUUGUUUUAUUUGGAAACGCGGGGUUUGUCUGUUGGCAAGCGGCAGUGGAAGAUGCUCCUUUAAUUGGAUUCAUCUGGAAAGCUCUCAAACCGCAAGGAGAGCUGCCGAAGUGACUAUAACGCAGCGUAGUGAAUUAUCUUUCUUUCAGUCUUUCUCUCCAUCCUCCUUUUUCCAUCGGCUGUGCUCCCCUCUCUUUUCUCGACAACCUCUCUCAUCUUUUUCCCCACUAGCAGAAGAGUUUCUGUGGAACACGCAGGUCCUCGCGAUGGGUGAUAAAGGCACAAGGGUGUUCAAGAAGGCAAGUCCGAAUGGAAAGCUAACUGUGUACCUUGGUAAGAGGGAUUUCGUUGACCAUGUGGACCUUGUGGAUCCUGUCGAUGGUGUGGUUUUAAUUGAUCCAGAGUACUUGAAAGAAAGAAAAGUUUUUGUGACACUGACGUGUGCUUUCCGCUAUGGACGGGAGGACUUGGACGUUCUUGGCUUGACGUUUCGCAAAGACCUCUUUGUGGCCAACAUCCAGGCAUUUCCUCCCGUGCCUGAAGAGAAAAAGGGCUUGACACGUCUACAAGAGCGAUUGAUAAAGAAACUCGGAGAACAUGCUUACCCCUUCACCUUCGAGAUUACUCCGAAUUUACCCUGUUCUGUCACGUUACAACCAGGGCCAGAAGAUACAGGAAAGGCCUGCGGGGUUGACUUUGAAGUCAAAGCUUUUUGUGCAGAAAAUGUUGAAGAAAAAAUCCACAAAAGGAAUUCAGUGCGUCUCGUCAUCAGAAAAGUGCAGUAUGCUCCAGAGAAGCCGGGCCCGCAGCCAAUGGCUGAAACCACUAGGCAGUUUCUCAUGUCAGACAAACCAUUACACCUGGAGGCCUCACUUGACAAAGAGAUUUACUAUCAUGGUGAACCAAUUAGUGUCAACGUCCAUGUCACAAACAACACAAACAAGACAGUAAAAAAAAUGAAGAUUUCAGUGCGUCAAUAUGCUGAUAUUUGCCUCUUCAACACUGCCCAGUACAAGUGUCCAGUGGCGACAGAGGAAUCAGAUGAUUUUGUGGCUCCUAGUGCCACGUUUUGCAAAGUAUACACUCUCACCCCAUUCCUGGCGAAUAACCGAGAGAAACGCGGCUUGGCUCUGGAUGGCAAACUCAAACAUGAAGACACAAAUUUAGCAUCGAGUACAUUGUUAAGAGAGGGAGCCAAUAAAGAAAUUCUGGGCAUCAUUGUUUCUUAUAAGGUGAAAGUGAAGCUGGUGGUGUCCCGCGGAGGACUGCUGGGAGAUCUUGCCUCAAGUGAUGUUGCAGUCGAGCUCCCCUUUACAUUAAUGCAUCCCAAACCAUUGGAGGAAUCGUUCUACAGAGAUGCCCCAGAAAACGAUGCCCCCAUUGACACAAACCUCAUUGAAUUUGACACAAAUGAUGAUGACAUCAUCUUCGAGGACUUUGCUCGGCAACGACUGAUUGGGGCGAAAGACGACAAAGAUGAAGAAGAGGAGGGUGCAGAUUCGCCCAAACUAAAUGACAGAUAGAUGCGCAGAUAAGAGUUUCCUGUGUUGUGACGAUACGAGAGACCCUUUGGAGAUAACCUGGAAAAAUGGGACACCCUUUAACACUCUCACAGUGGUGACGUUGUUGUGUUCUUGUUCACAUUCGUCUCUUCCAUCAUGCGAGGGUGUAAAAUAAAAAACUUAAGUGUAGAAAAAUGUGACCUUGUCGUUGAAGCGAUUAGAAGGUGAGGUUUAGUCGAUAGGCCACCCACUGAGUGCCUCGGAUAUUUGAGGGUCUUUUGGGGUUGAGGCAAUGGUUUCUCAUCAUAGCUAAAUCAAACGUCAGUGGUAGCAUGCCUUUAAUGUUGCUUUGUUUCAUAGAUUCUUCCUUUGAUUAGAACAGAGGAGAGUUUGAGGGCCGUGGCUUAGUAUUAAACCAUAUUUAAUGUAUGGAAUUUGAUCUGUUUUAAUUACUCAAAAAGGAACUGGAUUUAGUAUUUUUAUUAUAAAAAGCUGCCAAAUCGAAUAAUCUUUCUAAUGUCUUGUGUCUCAACUGAGAACUUUUUUCCACUUUUCAAAAGAACCAAUGUAUCAUCUAAUCUAAAAAGUUAUGGGUAUUGGUAAAAGUUAUGGGUACAUAUAUAUAUAUAUAUAUGAUACAUGACAAUGCAACAACCGUUUAUGACUUUUUUUCUCUUCAAUCGUUUGUAAAAGUGGGUUUCUAUGAAAUCAUUUAAUUGUAAACAAUGCCUAUAUAUCUUUAAAGGGACAAUAUAUUACUAUAUGAUAUUUUUACAUAAUUGAAGCUUCUCAAACAAAGCACCUAGAUGUGCUACAAACAUUCCAGUUACAAUCUAUUCUGAAGAAAGUAUAUGUAUCCUUAAAUCUGUUUUAAAACCAUCUUCUGUGGAACAGAAAAGGAGAAAUUUUGAAUAUACUGGUUAUUUUUCCAGUGCUAUCACAAUUAAUAGGGACUGCAGCUUUCAACUGUCAAUAAAGUUUUCAAGCACCAUAAAAAGAGCUUUUUUCAAUUAACAGUCUGGCAACACUUUAUUUUAAGGUGCUUGUAAUAAGCAGUAAUUAACAGUUAAUAAGACACUUAUAAGAUGCAUAUAAGCAUUAACUACUUCAUAUAACUUCUGAGGACGCUUUGUUUCACUUCUAUCGUGCCGCUGACAAGGCUCACGACAGUUACAGCCAGGGUGAGUGUAGACUCCAUCCCUGGGGUCCAGCUGGGUCAUGACCACUCCGGGGCCGCUCAGUUGCCUCUCCGGGUUCGUCUUGUGCUUUAAUUAACCCUUAUAUGAAGUAGUUAUGCUUACAUGCAUCUUAUAUGAUCUUAUAAGUGUCUUAUUAACUGUUAAUUACUGCUUAUUACAAGCACCUUAAAAUAAAGUGUUACCAACAGUCUCGUGUAAAGAAAUGAAGAAGUUUGCCAAGUUUGCGAAUUAAUAAUGUAGUGUGAUUCAGAUUAAACAUUAAAUUCAUUAAAAAAAUAAAUAAACUUGUUGAAUCAGGAAUCACUUCUUGAACUAGCCAAGGAGAUGUUGGGCAGAUGCCAAGAUUUUCAUUGAAAAAAAAAAGAUUAGCAUUGUUAGAAGAACAAACAGAUAUUUAAGUGUACAGACUCGCUUUUAGAAUUCUUUAAGGAGGAUUUUGCUCCACUCCAUAUGGUCAUAUUGGAAACUUGAAAGCUCCAGUCUCUAUUUUAACUUUAAUCAUGCAGGUAUAUAAAUGACAGAAUUUUUAUUUUGGGGCAAACUAUUCGUUUAGAUCUUCUAUGGACAAUUUCAAACGUGUAUUCAUCGAGUAAUUUUUCAAGACUCAUCCAGUAAUUCUCUGAGCUGGAGAGCCACUAAAAUCAAAAGACUCUUGAUUGGAAAUGUAGCCAUUUUUACAUUGCAAAGAUUAUGUGCUUUCUAUAUGAAUGAGGCCUUGACUUACUGCAUGAAACAUGUCAAUAAUUUGUAUGUUUUGUGAAUGAAGCAUUUGUAAGAAAGGAAGAAAGACAGAUAGACAGAAAGAAAUCUAAAUAGAAAUGGAUUGUUUAAUGAACUGAUAUAUUAUAAUUUCCAUGUGCUGGAUAAACCACAAACUUGAUUAUUGACAAGGCAAGAAAAUUAUAUUGAUGAUAAAAUGUAAGUAGAAAUUACAAUAUAUUAAAUACAUACUAUGUUGUAUA